GCCUGCGGACCUUGGACCCCGGGGUCCCACCCAGCCCGGCUGCAGGUGCACGGCCCCCGCCUGCCCUGCACGGCCCCGGCUGCUGCUGCACGCAGUGAGUUCCGGCUCCCAAAGCCGAGCCCUUCCUGCACAGCGGGAGCUGGAUUGUAUUCUCCCACCGUCCUGCUGUGCGUCCCAUGCUGCGAUGUCCCCUGGGCUCUGACCCGCGGCACAGAGCUGCGCUGUGCUCAGGACACACUCCGGCAGAGGAUGACGCAGCUCCUACAUGAAGGCCCCUCUGCAGCAGCCCAGUGCAGUCCUGCUCGCUCCUGGUGCUAGAACUGCUGAGUUGCUCCAGUGGGGCUGCUGUGCACAGGAGCAGUGCUGCAGUGCUCUCUGCCUGUGCUCCUCCUGCAGUUCCUGGAGGCCCGGUGCCACGUGCGCCCAGGGCGGCAGGAGGUCAUGAAAGCAGCAGUGCUGCCUGGUUCCUUCUGACCAGAGCUGUGCUGGCUGCUCACUUGCUCACGUGUUUCUGGGCCAUCCUACUGGUGAUGCACUCCAGGGCUUUCCUUGGUUGGCUGCACACCCUGGCAUUGCCCUGUGCCGUGCUCCUGCAGCCACUCAAGUUGGCAGCCACAUGGGAGGGGCAUUGCUCAGCACUCCACCUCCUGCACCUCCAGCCGUGUGCUCCUGGGCCGGGCCAGGAAAGAUUCCAAGCGCUCCUUUGAUGCGAGCAGCCUGGAGCUGCGGCAGCUCACAGUGUGCUGAGGAGCUCCAGGAGCUGCUCAUUGUGGGGCAGUGCCCUGACACCUGCAGGUUUUGCCCCAGGUCCACCUGCAGACACAGCAGGAGGUGAAGAUGCGGAUGAUGGGGAUGGCGCUGCGCGUGGUCCGCACCGACGGCGUCCUGGCGCUGUACAACGGGCUGAGCGCAUCGCUGUGCCGCCAGAUGACGUACUCUCUGACUCGCUUCGCCAUCUAUGAGACUGCGAGAGACCACUUGGGCCGUGGCAGCCAGGGGCCUCCCCCCUUCUAUCAGAAAGUGCUGCUGGGAGCAGUGGGAGGCUUCACUGGCGGCUUUGUGGGGACCCCAGCGGACAUGGUGAAUGUCAGGAUGCAGAACGAUGUCAAGCAGCCGGCUCACCUGCGGCGGAACUAUUCCCAUGCCCUGGAUGGCAUGUACCGCGUCCUGCGGGAAGAGGGCUUGAAGAAGCUGUUCUCGGGAGCAACGAUGGCAUCCAGCCGAGGGGCCCUGGUCACCGUGGGGCAGCUUUCCUGUUAUGACCAAGCCAAGCAGCUUGUCCUCACCACUGGGCUGCUGUCGGACAACAUCUUCACACACUUCCUGGCCAGUUUCAUUGCUGGUGGAUGUGCCACAUUCCUGUGCCAGCCCCUGGAUGUGCUGAAGACGCGCCUCAUGAACUCCCAGGGCGAGUAUCGGGGUGUCGUGCACUGUGCCAUGGAGACUGCCAAGCUCGGCCCGCUCGCCUUCUACAAGGGCUUCGUUCCCGCUGCCAUUCGCCUCAUUCCUCACACCGUCCUUACCUUUGUCUUCCUGGAACAGCUGCGAAAAUACUUUGGGAUCAAAGUGGUCACCUGAGCAGGAGGGCCGGACCCUGCUCCCUGGGACCGCAGAACCCCCACCGCCCUGGGCCGGGGCUGUCCCCCUCCCCACAUCCCUGCACCCGGGGCCGGCCGGUCCCAGCCCCCAUCCCACCCCCUCCUCCAUU